AAAGACAGAGUGUUCGCCACCAUCAAGACAGACAGAAAAGAGCAAGCAACUCCCAGUUUCACGCGCGCUUCGCCAUCGCCGCGCCCACACCGCCUCUUCUUCUGUCCCACGGCCCGCUCUACCAUCAUGAACGCUCUAUUCAACUCCGCUCUCCGUCAGUCGACCGCUUUACGCAAAGAUCUCGAUCUCUUUGCAGAAACAUCAACCCCCUCGCCUGCGCUACAAGGCCAGAUCUCUGCCUCCUUGACCUCCUUUUCUCGCACCGUCGAUGACUAUGCGAAGCUCGCGAAGCAAGAACCAGUACAGACCAAACAGGAAAAGGCUUUUGAGCGAUUAAAGACGUUUCGCAAUGAGCUGGAAGAAUACAGGGCGAGCUUCAAACGAGUGAAGGAGGCCAACGAAGACGUGCAAACCACAACCGCACGUACAGAGCUUCUCGGCCGACGACCCCAUCACGCGGCCACCCCCGAAAAUCCAUACUCGCAACCCGCCAUCUCUGCUUCAGCUGCUGCUGCCGGUAACUCGCCGUUCGCCCCGUCGCGACCAUACAAUCCCAACGCUCCUUACCAGGCAAAUCCUUACUCCGCCGGAGCCGCUAAUGGCCCCUCCGAUUACACAAGGGAAUCUCAUGCUUUUCGUGAAAAUUCCUUUUUGAACCAGACUUCUGCUCAGCUCGAUGAGUAUCUGGAUCGAGGAAGGGCGGUCCUGGGCGACUUGGGCGACCAGAGGGAAAUGUUGAAAGGCACACAAAAAAGGCUCUAUACAGUAGCCAAUACAUUGGGUAUCAGUGGAGAUACGAUCAGAAUGGUUGAACGAAGAGCGAAGCAAGACAAGUGGAUCUUUUGGGCAGGCGUCGUUGUCUUCUUCGUUUUCUGCUGGCUGGUUCUGCAUUACUUGCGAUAA